AUCCAAGAGGUUAAUUAACGGAGUAAAGGCUAAAAUAUCGAACAAUUAGAUGGCACCCACUGCUCGUCAAAAUCUUCUAGCUUGUAGAUUUCUAUUUUGUUCUGGGUGAAAUGAACUAGAAAAGGGAAAUUAUGUACUAUCAAAGCAUCAAUGGCGUGAACAAUUUCUUGGCUUCAAGUCAGGAGCUGAGAUGGAAUUAAAUUCAUCUUGGGUAAGAUGCUUUCUAUGGUGAUAUAUCAUAAUAAAAUGCAACUGGGCAGUUUUAUUCUAGAAAGUUGUCAUUUUUUUUAAUAAUGGAUCAUAAGAGACAUAUGAGAGCUCUUCCAUUCGAUUGCAAGAAAAGACAAGCCAUGCAAUUCCAAGGUAAGAUUCUAAAAUCUUCCCAAGUUUAUUUCAAAUUAAUUGUAGCUCCUGCUUGCCAUAAGUUUCAUGAUAUAAAUACCUGCCUCGAGAAUCAUAAAGCUCACACACCAUCUUAGAGAGAGUUAUACACAUUAAGGAGGAGAAGUGAUAAGGAGAAAAAAAUGAAAGGAUUCCAUUGCUGUCUGCUUCUCAUUUUGGCCCUCGCGGGCUCGCUGGAAAACCUCAAUCUCGUUUGCAGUGCUGCUGACCCUACAGAUGGUUUCACUCCGGUGCCAUUAACAGAAGCAAAUUUUGAGUUGCAGAAACCAUAUAAUAUACCGUUAAAUGAGCGAUACAGCUAUGAAGAUGGAAUCCGCCAUAUGUGGGUCUAUGCUACUGACAAGCCUCACGACCCCAAUAGUCGCACCCAACCAAGAACUGAAGUUCGCAUGAAAGGUCUUGACUAUACAUCAGGAGUAUGGCAAUUUGAAGGCUAUGGUUUCGUGCCAAAUGGAACAUCGGGUGUGACAGUAGCACAGAUACACGGUGCAGCUGAGGACGCAAGCACUUUGAUUCUGCGGAUAUAUGAUGGCAAUUUGAGAUAUUACAGCGGGGAUUUAGUGGCUACUGAUCUUUAUGACAGGUGGUUCAGGCUAAACAUAAUCCACGAUGUGGAUGGAGAUUGGGUGACUGUAUACGUUGAUGGCGAGCAAAAGUAUUCCACCAAGGGUCGAGGGCCAGGCGACUUCUAUUUCAAAUGCGGAGUUUAUGCGGCUCCUCGUAACAUUGCCUAUUACAUGGAAUCAAGGUGGAGAGACAUCAAAAUAUACAAGAAGUGAUAGUGUAUCAUAUAUAUGAUUAUUACUUAAAUACAUGCAGCUGAAUUAAGCUUACUAUGGCAAGAAAAAUAGUAUAAUCAAGAAGAAAAUUUAUUCACAU